AUGGCUUCCGAGGAAGCAAUUAUUCCCAAAGAGUCAACUUCUUCUAGUUCUUUAGAAACAGCUAAUGAUGUUGAGCGUAUCUUUCUUCGUCUCGUCCAUGCUGACACCGAUGUAAAGUUGCAAUCGGUAACUGAUCGUCAUUUGUGUGAUAUUCUUGAGUUAGCUGACAGGAAAACAGAACUCGUUAAUCUGAUUUCCGAGUUUUUAAACCAUUUCAACAAAGUUGUCAGGAGUAACCUGGCUAUUCGUCUUCCAGUUUCUCAACUUAUAAAAGUUUUUGAAAAAAAUGGUGCCUGCUCUUCGAAUUUGAGUCUCAUCUAUUUGAAGUAUGCAAAAGAGAGAAUGGACGGGCCCGAACAAUUGAAGGUUCUUCCGAUUUAUAUGAAAUAUUUCAGCAAAAAACCGACAGAUCUCAAUUACAUAUAUGAUGUUUUCACAAUUUGCUUCCCUGGCUUUCACGAAUUGGCAGGAAUGGAGAGAAAAGACUGGCCAAAAAUAGAGAUAAGUUCUACAGAUGCUGAAAUUCUUGCAAGAUGUUUUCAAGCAGUUCUCACCUUCUCCGUCAAGAACUUCGAAGUACUCGGGAGGAGACUCGAGCAGAUUGCUGGAUUGGCAGAAAAACCGAAGAUCCCGGGCCUCUGUGUAGACGAGUUUAUCCAUAUUGGAAAGAAAUUAUUUCAUGAGAACUUGAACUUGGCAGAGACCAAAAUGAUGAUUUUGAAGCUCUUAGGAAAAGAACUUCUUGAAGAUAAAGUUGCAUUCCCACUGAUCGUGGUGGCGACUGCUUCGAGGCUGAAUGAAGUAGAUGAUUUAGCGCAAGGUCUUCUGAAAAAAAUUCCGACUGAAAAUUUGGUCAAUGAAAGAUCUGUUGUAGACAAGCUGAUGUACGCCUAUUUAGGCUCAGAAGCUUUGACUACUAAGCCUGGCAAAGCAGAACUGUUGGUUGCUCAUGGUGACGAGUUUUCUCAGGCAGCUGUUCUGACUUAUUUGUCAAAAUCAAAAAUCGCUCCAAUAGCAUAUAUGAAUAAUGUCAAGGUAUGUCUACAUGGAUGCGAAAGUCCAAGCUCGCGAGUUCAAGUCAGCACAAUGCACUUUUUUCAACUUGUUGUCGAGCAAAUGCCAGAUAAAGCGCUGAAACUUUUCGCUGCCGUAUUAUUCAAAAAACUUUUCGAGCUACUCCCACGCCCAGAGAAUGCAGCUUCUUCUUCUCCGAACAAAGUGGCGCUAUGUGGAAUAUACCGUUGCUUGUCAGUCCUGGGUAUCAAACAUCCAGACAAUGUCUUGAAAAACUGGAGAGUAGCUUACCAAAUGUUUAUAAGUCUCGAUACGGAAACUGUUGAAGAUGUAGCAAGUGCAAUCGCCGCUUGUCUCAUUUCAUGGAUUCCGUUGUUCGCUGAAGCUAAAGAUCAAGAACUGAGACAAAAAACGACCACAGUCAUCUCUGAAAUUAUGAUGUCGAAAGAGAACCAUGCGCGUAUGGUAGCAAUGAAAUAUGCGGAAGUAAUGAUGGGAGAUGGAAACACGACUCUUCUCUGGAAUUUGAUCAGAUCUGCCGGUGAUAAUCGAGAUACGAUUCGAUCAGAAGCAUUUCGUCAACUAGAAAAAUCUUUGGAGAAACAUUCCCCUCACACUUCUUCAAUAAUCGAAGGUUUUUGGAAAAAUCUUCAUCCCGACUUUCCACCAAAUAAGGGAGAGGGUACUCUUCCCCUUUUCAAUAUUCUGAUUCAUCAGGCUGCAUCUCGAUAUCUCUAUGGAACAUUCGAAACGAAAGUGAUGGGAGAGCCGGCUCACCUCCGCAUAGUGGAUGGAGAUGAUCAUUGGAUUACUGUCGCUCCACGGAUUGUCAAGUUGUUACACGGAGAAGGAAAUGCUGAAAAGGUCCGAAAGGCAGCGGAAAUUGCUUUGUUUUCGGCUAUCAACUCAACAGAUGUUCAUCUUGUUCGAAUCGCUUCAUGUUUUAUCGCUGCAUAUCGUUCUUUUCCUCAACACAACAGUGGUCAUUCAUCUUACCCCCCUUUCCAGUAUGCCGUCCAACAGUGCUCGCAGAAGCUUCGAGAUUCUACGAGAAUGGAGUAUUCUAUUGCAUUAACUUAUCUACUGUCCAUUUUACUCCACGAAGAUCAGGUCACGCGUGUGGAGCUUUUCAAUUCUUCAAAAUCACUGCUGAUCGAAAAAGAAAUUCCGGGACUGUCAUUUACCUGCGCUGCUGCCAUAACACCAGUGUUAGGUGCACAGUUCAUCCCACCAGUAGGCACUUCGGAGUUCAUCAUGGAGGUUUUUCUCCCGCUCAUUAAAAAUGGAUAUCAUCGUCCGACUUCUGCCCUGGAAUCCACUCUUGGUGCAUUAUAUUUUGUUCUGCAAAACAAUACAGAAGCAUUGGAUCAGAAAGCUCACAGCGGCAUAAUUAUUUCCUUGAUUGAAAACUGUGAGAAGAUCGCUGUUUCAAGACAGGAUUCGUUCACUCAAAAGACGAGAGAAUUCUCAGCGAAAGUCAUAGGAUUAUUGGGAGGACGUAUUGAGGAUGAUGAGUCAAGUUAUGAACAUUUAGCACAAAGUUUGAAUCGUAUUGGUCAAGGUCCCCCGCAACAGGAAUUGCAGAUGGUUGUUGGCGAAGCAAUUGUCGACUCCAUUCUUGGAAACUUAGCAAUGACGAAAAGAGAUUUCAACUUAGUAGAUGGAACUGGUUUGACUUUGGUACAGCGGUUAGAAACUGAUGUCCGAUUGGAAAUUGUGAAUAAAAGACUCAUCAAGUUCAUCACAGAGACUUUAGAACAUAAGAAGACAAAUGCCAACCAACAUUUCCGCAAAGCAGAGCUCAUUUGGCUUCUGAUUGUCAUUCAAAAUUUCGCAAAUUUGAAGGCAGAAGUUUUGAAGAAAGCCGAACUAUUGAGAGCUUUGCAGCAAUCGUUCGCAGAUGGUCUCACUGAGAAUGAUGAAUUCUCACAGGAUAUUUCUGCUAAAGGGAUGGGUGUUGUUUACGGUCUAGCAGAUGGAUCUCUUAAAAAAGGAUUGGUGGAAUCUCUUAUGAAUACACUCUCCGAAGGAAAAAGAUCCGAAACAAAACUUGAAAAAGAUACGAAACUGUUUGAAGCUGGUCAACUGGGAACAACUCCAACUGGAGGAAAGCUCACCACAUAUCAAGAACUUCUUACGUUGGCUUCUGAUCUGAAUCAACCAGAUCUAGUUUACAAAUUUAUGCAACUUGCUCGUCACAAUGCUACUUGGAAUUCGAAAAUGGGAGCAGCUCAUGGAUUCGGUGCACUAUUGGAGAACGCGAAAGAAGAACUUGAGCCCUAUUUUAAGCAGCUGGUACCGAAACUCUUCAGAUUCCGUUACGAUCCAGAUGUUAAAGUACAAAAUGCCAUGAGGUCUAUCUGGGGAAUCUUAACAGCUGAUCGGAAGAAUGUCGUGGAUGAAUUUGCAAACGAAAUUUCAAAAGAACUAUUGCCCGCUCUUACGGACAGAGAAUACCGAGUAAGAGAGUCAGCAUGUUUGGCGCUCUCAGAUUUAUUCCGUGGACAUGAUACCGUUGAGAUGCAUCAGUUGAUUCCGGAAUACCUUGAAGCUGUUCUUCGAGUAAGAGAUGAUGUCAAAGAAUCCGUCAGAGAAGCAGCAAACAGAGCUGCCGACGCAAUCGCCAAGUUGAUAGUUCGCCUUGGGUCAUCCAGUAACUUGGAAAAAGCUAAUCGUUUUCUUUCGGUUGCACUUCCAGCUAUAAUUGAUCAAGGAAUCUUAAAAUCAACGGUGAAAUCCAACAUGAUAUUCUGUUUGAGUCUAGUACUCGAACUAACAAAAUCUGCUGGAAAACAGCUGAAACCUUACAUGGCCGAUCUCAUACCAAUACUCAUGGAUGCUGUUAGUGAAAACGAAACGCCACUUCUCAACUACCUUGCCGCUAGAUCUGAUCAACAUCAGAUUGAAAUGCUCGAUGAUGCACGUGCAAGUCUUGCUAGAAGCUCUCCAAUGAUGACAGCUGUGAACGAUUUACUACCUCAUAUUGAUUCUGAAGUUCUCAUCAAAAUGACCCCAAGAGUGGCUGAAACUCUUCGAUCGUCUGUUGGAACAUCAACACGUUCGUCAGCAGCUCAGUUUGUCACCCAGUUGGCACUUCGUGCUCCACAACUUCUUCAUGAUCACACAGCACAAUGUGAUAAACUGUUUGCAGCAUUAAUUCCGGGAGUUCGAGAUCGUAAUCCAUCUAUUCGAAAACAAUUUGCAAACGCAAUGUCUUAUUUGGCAAAGUAUUCGUCUUCGAAUCAGAUGAAGAAACUUAUCAAAACGGUUGUUGCUGAUUUAACAGGUAGUGAUGAAGAACUGAAAGUUUCCAGUUGUCACGUCAUCAGCAAUUUAGCUGCCAAUUCUUCAGAAGUUCUUGAAGGUUACACUUCUCAAAUUGUGCCAUAUGUGCUUCUCGAGAAAUGCAGAGAAGUACCGAAAGGAGACGAUGUUGCACGAGAGAAACAAGAAAAAUGGAACGAUGUUUGGUCAGAACUGGUGCCAUCCACUAGUGCUGCAGCGCGACUUUACAAAUCGGAGAUUCUUGAAUUGGCAAUGAAGUUGGUGACAAACAAUGAAGUAUGGGCAGUACGGAAACAGGCUGCAGUUAUGAUUGGUGUCCUUUUCGAAACUCUGAAGAGUGAGGCGGGAAUUGAAAUUGCCAAAAAAUCCGCAUUUUGCUUGCUUCAAAAUCUGAACGGACGGCUUUGGGACGGUAAAGUUGAAAUUCUGAAAGCUCUCACGAAGACUUUCGAAGCUGGCGGAAUUCAAUUCGUAGAAAAUUUGCAAUCUAGUGAAGCAGAAGAGAUAGUUAAAGUUUUGCGAAGAGAAGCUUCAAAGAAAAAUGCUGAUUACGCAUGUGCUGGUCUCUCAACCCUUGCUGCAUGGUCAGUUAUCACAAAGGACAUUGAAUCGGCAAACUGGUUGGCUGAGAAAGUAGACGAAAAUGUCACAAAACUGACAAGUAUCCGCGAAGGGAAUGAAUCAGAUGAUAACAUGGAUGGACUAUCUAAUUUGGAAAAAGAGAUUCGGGCCUCGCAGUUAGUUACUCUCAAUCUGACUGCUCUAGCUAUCUCUCUUGCUACCUUCAACACUUCCGAACAGGCUCAAAAGUCUUUGAAUCAAGUUGCCGGAUAUGUAAAUAACAAUUUAAUUGCUUGGAAAUCGAAACAGUUCUUCUUCAACGAGUUGGUCAAAACUAUUGAAAAUUGGCAUCCGGAAGAAACAGUGAAUGCUGAAAAGCUUAUUACUAAUCUUCUCGAACAAGCGGAUGACUUAUGUGCACAGCAAAAGAAAACUGUUGCUGCUGACGCAUUACAAGUAGUUCUUCGCACUCAGAACAGGUCGAAACAAUUCGGAGUCGAUUGGGAAACUGUGAUAGAUCGCGUCAUGAGAGGGACUGCUGGACAGAUAACCGGACUAGGAAGUCGGUUUGAAAUCAAAAUGGAGAUAGAUUAA